UAUGUUACAAAAACUGUUCAGAGAAACACACUGGGCGAGGGUGAGAUAGGUGGACAACGGCUUCCGAGAGCACCACUUCUGUUACUUUACAAAUAUUUCCACCGGGUGAGCUGUCGCUGGUAAGUACUGUCCUGGCAUACUUGUACUGGUGCACUUUUAUUUUCUACUUACCCGAACCUUUACUAACACAACACCCAGGAAGCUAUAUUAAGUAGUCACACACGACAAGCAAGAUAGUGGUCAGAGUCAUCAGUUUGAUCACCCAGUUUGGUGUCACUCUCGAAGUGUCUUUUUUCCUCCCGGCCCCCCAAAACAAACUGCAGAUCAAAAAAAAGAAAAAAAGUUUGCAGCAGAUACGUGCAUAAAGAGGGGAUGAUAUUACACGGCUAGGCCAGUCAGUACCAAGCUAUGAACAUCCACAUACUGCACAAGAGCAUAGAGAAAGAGGGAGAGAGAGGGGGGGAGAGAGAGAGAGGAGAGAGAGAGAAAACACUUGAGCGAUCGGAGGGGGGGAGGAGGACAGAAAAAAACAAGCAGAGAAAAUUGUUCGAGGAAAACGAAAGUACGACAGUCGAUUUCAAUUGAACAAGUGCCUUAUUUCUGUGGACGGACGCCGCGUUUCCUAGUUUUACUUGGGCGACUUGAGCUCUGCGGUGUUGCGCUUUAACGCAGGAGGCUGCGUUCAUCCGGGCAGGGGAAAGAAGAGGAAAAAAGAAAAGCGAGAGAGAAAAAGUGCACGGAGGUGCCUGGCUGCUAUUUGUGUUAUUGUAGCAAAAGCUUGAACUGUUACGAUGUGUCAAUAAGUUUAAAGGUGCAUCGGCGGCUGGAAUGACAAGGCCCUGGCGCUUCGGCUGCCUUUCACGGUGUUUUGUAUUUUAUAGGUCAUCACCAUCGCAUGACAAAGCCUGACUGACAGACUCAUCUUCAUCUUUCAGAUACAGUAUUUCCAUUUUCCGUACCUAAGGUGAGCGUCAUGAAGGGUGGCGGCAGGGGGAAGGAGCCACCCGUGGAGGGGGAGCUCAGUGGCAAGCGACCCAAACGCAAAUGCCUCCAGUGGCACCCGCUGCUCUCCAAGAAGGCCCUGGACUUCUCUGAGGAGGAGGAGGAGGAUGAGGAGGAGGAGCUGGACAAGGAACCACUGGCGUGUGGCGAGAACGCGGCCCAAGAUGUGGAGUGCCGCACCAUGGAGGAGGAGGAAGGGGAGGAGGAGUCGUCAGAGCAGCGUGCCCGGCGGCCCAUGAACGCCUUCCUGCUCUUCUGUAAGAGGCACCGAUCCUUGGUGAGGCAGGAGCACCCACGGCUGGACAACCGGGGGGCCACCAAGAUCCUCGCCGACUGGUGGGCUGUGCUCGAACCCACGGAGAAGCAGAAGUACACUGACAUGGCCAAGGAGUACAAAGACGCCUUCAUGAAAGCCAACCCCGGCUACAAGUGGUGUCCCACCACCAACAAGCCAGUUAAGAGUCCGGCAGCAGCGGUCAGCAGCAGCCGCAAGAAGGUCUGGUCCUUCACGUCGAAUGCGCCCAAGGACUGCACUGCAGCUAAGAAGGUCGCCAAGGCGGAGAGCACACCCCAGCUCAACUUUGCCAUGGCAGACCCCACGAAAAUGGGAGGCCUGAGCAUGCUGUUGCUGGCCGGGGAGCGGGCACUCAGCACGCGGGAGGUUUCUUCAAGCACGUCUCCAGUGACUGCAGACGCAGACAAGCACAGCGGGGAGUCCGCCUUGUUCCAGCUAGCUGAGAUUUCUUCAAACUCUCUCCGGUCAGGAGCUGAGGAUGUCGCUAAGGAUACUGGCAAUUGUGUGCUCUUCCAGCUGGCUGAGAUUUCCUCCAGCAGCCCUCAAUCCAACACAGUGCCCCCGACGCCCUCGGAGGGGAAGAGCUCGUCGGCAGAGCCGGCAGCAGCGGCUUCGGAAACGCCAUGCCUGGGAGGGGCCAGCCCGUCGGGAGCUGCGGUGAAGUCCGCUCUGUUCCAGCUGGCGGAGAUCUCCUCCAGCACCUCGCAAUCCACAGACGGAAAGCAGUGCGGCCAGUCAGCCCUCUUCCAGCUUGCUGAGAUGUGUCUGGCUUCUGAAGCAGUGAAGAUCGAAGCCUUGGGGUCACAGCCAUCGUCUUCAUGCAGCUCUGCAGAGCUGGACAGCAGGGAAGCCGCCUGCAACUCUCAGGAUGCCCGCGAUCUUCCUUUAUCCUCCCCCUCCUCCUCCUCCUCCUCCUCUUCCUCCUCAUCCUCCUCAUCCUCCACAACCCCAAUGGACGGCAGCCCGCCAGCACUCGACCAGUCCAAGAGCAUAAAGAAGAAGAAAAAGAAGAAGAAAGACAAGAGUGAGGAGGCCAAGGCAGAUAAGAGCCCCCCGUCGCUCAAGAAGCCAUGCAAGAGACGCCAGUCAUCGGAGUCGGACCUAGAGAGCGUCAUCUACACCAUCGAGGCUGUGGCCAAGGGAGCCUGGGGCAGCGAGAGGGCGCAGAAGAGGAGGUCCCGCCCACCAUCUGGCGAUAAGGGGGACUCUGAGGAACCUGGAUCUCCAAAGAAGAAGAUGAAAGCCAAAGUGAAGAAACCGGCCCAGGCUAAAGAGGACGAGGGGUCUGCGGGGGACUGCAAGACCCCAGAAGCGGAGGUGCCCCUAACCUGCCCUGAAACCGAGCCCAUGGGUGUCAGCGUGAAGGCGGAGCCCCAGGUCAGUGGGGAAGAGCCCUCGCCCCCAAGCACACCAGCGCCCCCAGUCCUCCCAGUCAAGGCCGAGGAGAAGGAUGGAGAAGCCAGAUCGGAGAGCUGUGGCUCCAGAAAGUCAGAAAGGAGCUGCAAAGGCGCCCUGUACAAGACACUGGUCUCUGAGGGGAUGCUGACUUCCCUGAGAGCCAACGUGGACAGAGGUAAAAGGGGCUCGGGGCGUGGGAGCGUGUCUGACCUGGAGGGCAGCUGGACGGAAGAGAGCUGGACGUUCACGCAGACAGGACCCAGCAGCACCAAGAAGCUGAAGAAGUCCAGAUGGAAAGAAGAGUCUCUUCCUGGGUUAGGGAAACUGGAGGAGGAGUUUGAGAAGAAGUUCAACAGCCUUCCCCAGUACAGCCCGCUGACGUUUGACAAGAAGAACACCUCAGUCACCAAGAAGAAGAAGACGGGCACGGAGCAGCCCAGAGCCGCCAGGGGUUCAUCCUCAUCUCAGAAAAAGAAUUUAUUCCACAAGAUCGUUAGCAAGUACAAGCACAAAAAGGAGAAAACCAAUACUUUGGAUAAAGCCAUAGUGACGCAGGACACUCACCCGCUCGACACAGCUCAGAAAGCCAAGCUGUCUGUCCCCGGUGGCGUGUCGCCCCCGGAUACCAUGGGGGCCGCAGAGAUGCUGGUGGGCAGCCAGAAGAGAAAGGCCAGGAAGAGUAAGAUAACCCACCUGGUGCGCACUGCUGAUGGGCGUGUCUCCCCAGCAGAGGCGGAGGACAAGACCAAGGAGCUGACACAGGACCAGGAUGAAAAGCCAUCAACACAGGAGACUUUAUGCAACGAAUCAGGGUACUACGAGGACCCUAAGCCACAGGAGGCGUGCGAGGCCGACACGGUGUCUGACCUGCCGGCGUUCUUCAGCCUGGCCGCGCUGGCCGAGGUGGCAGCAAUGGAGAAUGCACACAGGAGCCAGCGCGCUGUCAGCUUGCCCGGAGAGGGACAGUCAAAGGAGAUGGCACAGACCCCCAUGCUCAUCUCCUGUGCGGAUCAGUGAAGGCCCACCCCUCCGAACAAAAGAACCCCACGUGCUUCUCUUUCCUAACCUCCUAGCUGUGUCUCAGGACGGAAGGUAACCGUGGGAACUGGUCGCUCCCAUUGAACUGGGCUCAGCUUCCAGCGGAAGGAGUACACCGAACGCUGGCCUCCGGCAGCUCCCGGCUGCCGCCGAUUCUCGCGGAAGGAGCCGAGCCGGUCUCAGAGCGCGGGCCUCACACUGGGGGCGGCCGCGGCGGUUUUAGCGGCUAUCGCUGCCCCAGAGAAGACUGCCGUUUAAAGGUCAAGUUUUGCAAACAAAGUGCAUUUAAGAAGGUUCCCUGAUUUAUGAUGUAAUUUACUGCUGUGCGAGUUCAUGCCACGUGUCACAUUACCUGAAGCUGCCCUGUAUUACCACUUCCAAGAGCGUUAGACCCUUAAGUGACUAAACAAGUCCCUGUCUGAAGCCAGCACUGGCCUGGACCUUGAUAGCUAGCUGGCUAACCACACUCGCCCAUUUCGCCACAUCACAAGUUUGUGACGCAGAACCAUACAUGACCAGACAGGCAGAUGUUUCCCAUCCCGUUUGCGUCACUUUCAUGAAGCCACAGGUUCAGUGACCACAGGGUCAGCAAGGCCGGAGUCGUCGAUCGACACGCUCAGGUCUGAAGCAGCCUGACUCAUUGUUUCGCUUUUUUAAUGGGAAACAAGCUGGCUAACUCUCUGCUUAGCUACCAAGGCUAAAAGAAGAAGGACUAGCAUAACAAACAGUGGGCAGGCUGGUCCGUGCUUUUGGCGUACUCUGUCCAUCGAGGCAUCUGUCCAUCUAAGAUAACGGCAACAUUUCAUGUUUUCCGACUGAAAAAAAAAAGGAAAUUCUCCUCUCAUGCAAGUUCCCUCAUUCGAAGCGUUGAUGUCGAAAUACUUGAAUGACAGGAAUAAAAAUGCAUUUUAUGUCAAUACUUGACCUUACAGCAGUUUGGGUAGCAUCUAAAUAGCUAAUCCAAAUGUGUGCUACUAGUUUCCUAAGGCAUUUAGUUUAAUAACAGAGAUACUGCACUAAUUUUAGCUAUAGUAGAGAAGGUGUUUUUUUUUUUUGUUGUUUUCAGUAGGGUCAUAUUUAAAGAUCCCUUUCCUGUUAUUUCUUUUUUAACUCUGAGUAGCUUUAGGGUUUUUCAUUCAAGCAACGGUCCACUUCGUAAAAGUCACUGUCAGCAUCCAAACAAAGUUAAAGGCGUGCAGCGUUAUUGUAUCUUGUAUCUUGUAUCUUGCUAUUUUUUUCUUUCACACCCCGCAAGUAGAAUUCCCAGCCAUCCAUUCCUCGCCUUUCCUGUUUUGUUGGCCCAUCGUAUCACACACCUAAUGUGACGUCACGCUAUCGGCGUCUUCAGGGUGGGUUGUGGGUUCCUCUGUUGGCACUUGCCGAUUCAUCACUGGCACCCCCCCCCCCACAUGUGCGCUUGCUUAUAAUCCAGGUUGGGUCACGACCCCCGACAUUUGGUCACAUGGUUUAAUAAUACCACCAGUGGCUGUGCCACAGAUGCGGCCCCAUCAAACCCGGUUGUAAGCAGAGCAAUACUCUAGCUUAAGUUGGGAAUUCUUCUCCAAUAUUCAUGCUUACCUGCUUUUAUUUUCGUUCAAACACCCGAAGAGGUGUAAAUCCAUUUUGGGAUCACGCGUUCACCUAUACUUUCCUUGUACAAUGUCUUCUGUGAAUUAAUCAGUGGUACUUUUUUUUACUGUUGUACCUGUCUUUUAAAACGUUUUCUGCGUUGAGGCACCGUUUGUUUGUUUUUUUUAGGCUUUCUAUUUGUUUCCUUGCCUCAGAAGCCUCAUCUGGGGCCAGUUUACUGGAUCAAGACUGUUGUUAAAAGCUCAUAUACAAAAAAAAAAAAAAAAAAAAAAAACAUAUGUAUGCUGAUUUAUCGAGCAGAUAAUCACUGAGAAGUGACGCACAGCUUCUAGGAGAAUAGUUUGCAUUUCUCUGCUUUGUAGAGCGUGUAUGUUCUUAAAGAAACCAUAAAGAAAUCCGGCUUAUGGUUGACAAGUAUGUCGGGCCCAGAGCCCGCUGGCAAGAGUCACUUCGUAGUGUUUCCCAGGUGCUACUCUCUUGUGUGAAGGAUGGGAUGUUUAAUUUAGCCCAGGGGACUAGACCUUUCCACAUUCUGAUCGAUUUUUAAGUCUUUAAGGAGUAAAAAGGCCAGUUUACGGUCUAUAUAUAUUUUUUUUCUAUAGUUCAGUAGCGUCAGGCUACACAAAGUGUAGCAGAUGAGCAGAUUUUUUUUUUCUUCAGAUUGACCAACACAGGCACUGUUUUAAUGAACUAAAUCACGUUUUCUAACAAACGAUCACUAUCUCUAGCUGUAGAAUAUAUAGGACAGAGUCAGAAGUGUAAAAAAUCGCAGUUUUGAGCUUUAAAUCACUUUCUCUAAAAUGAGAACUAGAUUUUUUUUUUUUUUUUUUUUUUAGUAUUUUAGCUUUCGGGGGAUUUUUUUGGAUUUUGAAGGGCAGAGAGAACCCGCUUUUCAUAAUUUUUAACAAAUUAGCGAGGCAGAUUGAGAGCGCUGAAGUCGAUCACGUCUCCCUCCAAUUUGGGUCAAAUCAUGAAGUUUGAAUUUCUGGAACACUCUUUUUAUACUCAGUUACUUGAUUAUGAAUUAGUGUGUAAAUAUUAUAAACCUGUAUAAUAACACCUGUUUGUGUGUCUCAAAGACAUACAGCUUAAGAUCUCCAAAUUGCCCUUAAUGUGUGUAUGUGUGUGUCUGCUGUAUAAUGCACCCUUUCUUGUGCCCUGUACUUCAUGGGAUACAUUGGACUGGGAAUUAUGGUAAAUGACGGUAAAAUAUUUUGACGAGUUUGUACCUGCCUAGUAAUGACAGUAUCUAGACCCAAAUUUCUGUCAGUCAUAUCUGGGCAAAAAAAUGUACUUUCAGCAUCCGAUCAGUUUUUGGGUGUGUCCGAUUUGACGGGAAAUUGGAGGGAAACGUGUGCGGCGUCCACCUUCGUCAAAGCGUCCUCCUUUACGUCACGCCGUCCGUAGGUGUGGCCCUAAACGUGAAGCUUCACAAACUAAAACGUCUUAUCGCUAUGGGAACAGUCUUGUUACGGUGGAAGAUGGGAAGUGGCGUGCGCGUAACCCUGAGGCGCUGCUCAGUGCACGUGGAUUCGCAGACAUUUGCCAAAGAAACCGUGUCGUUAAAUGAAAGAUGGCGAGGAGAGAAAAAAGUCAAGCAGGAACGGCGGGUGCACUGAGAUCUUCAGGUAACAGAGGUACUAUUAGCACAAUUAAUUCUGUACAAUACCAGUGGGCUACUUCUGAAUUCAGUCUAUGUUGGGAACGGUGUACGAAUCAUCGGCACCUUUAAUUGCCUCUUAAAAAGACAAUAUUUGCACCUUAAAACCCAAACCAAAAGGAUAUCACCCUUCAGAAACAGAUUUGAUUUCCCUCCAUCUCCACACACGCGGCACAUCCUCUGACCAUUCAGCUCCUCCUACUACAUACCUUAAAAAAAAUUAGAAUAGAGUUGAGGUUCAUUCUUAUUGUAUUUAUAUGUGAAUGAAAGUAUUUUAGGCUAAUUUUGAACAUUUUGGCAUGAAACUGAAAAUGUCCGCACAUUUGAAAUCCCUGUACCCAUAAGACACCAUCUUCCAUCUUUCUCUCUCUCUCUCUCUCUCUCUCUCUAUAUAUAUAUAUAUAUAUAUAUAUAUAUAUAUAUAUAUAUAUAUAUAUAUAUAUAUAUACACACACACACACCCAUACAUAUAUAUAUAUAUUAUAUUAUAAGAUGCCUAUAUAAAACUAGAGUUCCUAUAUAAUUAGAUGAUUAAUAAACCCUUUUCUGCUAGCACUGUCUCUUGAAUGUAAUGGAUUUUGUACCUGUAUUUUUCUAAUUACGAUUCUUUCUGUAUGUGAUGGAUUUAUAUGGAGGAGAUUUAGGCCGCUGGCACAAGUGCGCUGUUUGUUACAAAAAAAAACGGAAAAAAACUCACCGUCAUAGCUACAGGACAAACGCUAUGUCGGACUGCAUCCACACAGCGUCGCUGAAUUUGCUCGGCUGAUGCCGGAGACAAAGUUUAAAGUUUUAUUUUUAAGAUUAAGAUGAUGGCGUCCUGGUCUCCCCACCCCUACCCCACCCCCCUACCCCGCAGCGGAAUAUGACACAGAUUAACGACUCUUUGCUGGUUGACACCAGGGACGCUGAAAUUUUAAGAACGUUGCCAAACCCUCUGUAAUUAGCUUAUUUAUUGUCUCUCUUUUUAUUGUUUUAUCCAGGUAGUCUUAAAAAAAACUAUAUGCACCCUGGAGGUAAACAGCGUACCUUUGACCUACUCUAGAAUGUUCCUUCAUGGCCACAAAGGUUGUCAUGACAGUCUUGUUGAGGGGUAUCUCCAGACCUAAUGAUCUUUCCUCUUGAAAGUAUGUACAAUGUGUGCUUGGUCUAAUUUAUGUCAAUAGUACUGUAUCAUGACAUGUAUGGACUUGAUUGUUACAACCCAGUUGUUAAUGCAGCCUUGCCUUAUCGGACCCCUGCUUUAGAAAGGGAUUCCUUUGCCACCCCCCUCACAGAGUUGUCUGUCAUAACACUGUCUGUUGACGCAACUAUUAUUCCUUGAACACCUAUUAAAAUAACCUAUAUUGAA